UUUGAAGAUGAACGAUGAGUUUUUGAUUUGCGCCAAAAUAAUUGAAUUUUUUUGGCUUCUUUUAGCAUUCGUUUUCUUCUUUUUUGCUGUUUAUGCAAAAUUAAGAUUGAAAAAGGAGAUUCAUUUAGAUAUAGAGAAUUUGAAUUCGAAUCAUACAUCGGUUAAAUAUUAAGUUCCUUCUUAAUAAGGGGAUGCAUAAGAGAUUCACAUGGUUGAUUAAAAUGUUUCAAAUUCUGGAUAAUUAUAAUCAACAGUAUAAUAAAAUAGAGAACCUCCUGUAUAUUUAAAAAUAAAUAUUAGACAAAAUUAGAAGAAUUUUAUAAGAAGUCACUAAUUAUUACAAGUAAAAUAUUUCCACAAUUAGCUAUUGUGAUUAUUUGCAUUUUAAAUGGUGCUAGUAAGGCUUUUGCAUUGGUUUGUUUUUUUUUAUACUUUAUUUCAAUCAUUCUAUUUCAUAUAUUUCAGUUAUAAAAUCGUUUAGAGUCUUAAGGAAUGAAAAGUAUUUUAAACUAAUUAUAUUUUGAGAUAUGUUAAAGUUGUCAAAUAACAUUUGCUUACUAGGUCUAUACAUAAAUUAUUUAGCUAGUGAACUAUUUUGA